UAUGGAAAUACUACCAGCUAUUGGGAUCAAGCUAAAAUAUCAGAAUAAAGCUUUCUUUAGAUGUUUUACAAAUAGACACGAGACAUGUCCUGCACAUCAAAACGAAUUUAUGUACCUACUGGGGAGAGCUACAGACAGAUACAAACAAGCCUAUGGGGCAUACGUCAUCAACAAGAAAAAUAAAAAUCAGAUCUAUGAUAAAUUGAGAAAGAAAUUGGAAAUCAAUUUUCUGACUAAUACUGAUUUUAUCAUUUUGGAUAGUUUUGAGAUAAUGCAAUUAAUAUUUUUCGUGGCGGGUUUUGCAAGAUUACAGAAUGAUUUAAAAUUCGAAGAGUUGAGAAAGAGAAUAAAUGAGUUGAAGAGUGACUUAUUGAUUCAACCACCUGAACAUUAUGAUAUGAUUCCGAAAGAAAUUAGAGAAGCUUUAGAAUACACUUUACCAAUUCGGGACAGAAGAUUCACGGGUGAAGUUGUAAGCAGUCUGAGAGGGAUAUAUAAAUUUGAUCGAUUACCGGAGACCUAUAUAGAAGAUUCAAGAAUACCGAUCCCGAGUUAUCCAAGCGAAUUUAGAAAAGAAUUUAAAAAAUUUUUUCUUGUAACGGAUAGAGCUGAUUUAAAAAAGGCUAAGGAUUGGAAAGAGGAAUUAAGAAAGUUUUAUUCUUUCUUUCAAUUAUCUGAAUCGUUUUUUGACUUAUUACCAAAGAAAUUGGAGUUGCCUUUGACUUAUCAGGAGUUGACACUGAGACUGAGAAGAAUGUUUCCUUUUUGCCCUAAAGAUAGUGAAGAUUUUAAAGAACAUGUGAACAAACUGAGAAAAGUUUAUGCAUUCAAAUAUCUCCCAAAUGACUACGUGAUUAAUAAGAAGAGGCUACCCGAGAAUCCAAGGGAUUUGAAAAUUAAUGUUAAGGAGGGUUUCCCGAUAAAAAGCAGAACUGAGGCUUUAAACUUUAUAAAAUCAAUCCCAAGUUACUAUAGAAUACCAAAUCCAAUGCCGGCGAAAUAUAUUGAGGUCAACUAUACACAGCUCGAAGACCUGCCUGAAGAGUGGGAGGAAGUAAAAAAGAUAGAGAUAAUAAAAAUAAAGCGAUUUGGAGAUAAACGGCUUCCGAGCGAUCUUGAGAAGCUAAAUAAAGAUUUAAAACAAAAAGAACCAGAAUUCCAAUGGUCUUUCCCAAUAACAUUACAAGACAAAGUACCUGAAGGCUGA